CACUGGAUAUACACGGCGAUCGCGCUGCUUCGGAGACGGCCCGGCGCGUCUGAUGUGUCGAGCUGGAGCAGAAGAGGAGGGAUCAGGACACGGAAGCCGGACGACGGGUACGCACUCAAGGCACAGUGUGAUAGACGAAGUGCCGCUGCAGUCAAUCGGGGCGAUGACACGGGCGCUCCGAGAGGGACGGACCCGGCGCUCUUCUCGAGCUCGCUGGCUUUAUGUUUUUCUUCGCUUCAUUCGUGUCCGCUUCCUCCUCGCGUCACGCGACAUCUGCACGUGCUCGGACUCCGUCUCUUCAAAUACACCGCCUGCCUCUUCGUCCUCGUCAACCUCCGCCAGAGGCCGCUCUCGUGGCACUUUCACGUACUCAGCACGCUAAUCGCGCUGCGCCUGAAAUCACAUCUUCUGCGCCUUCGCCUCCUCCUCAAUUCGCAUCAUGUCGAGCAGCGCGCCAAGGCGCAGUGGCUCGCGGCGUUGCCUCCGGUGGGAAAGAGCCCAUUCGAUGUCACGGUAGCUUGGGAAGGCUGGGAAAGUAAUCCCCAGGAUUAUAUCAACGGCCAGACGUCUAUUCCUGCAUCCCCCCUAGAGCCCGGGCGCACAUGUCCUGAAAGGCGGGAGGGCCUCAACGGCCAGACCUUCGUAUCAAGAGACAUCUCGCGUCUCGGCCCCCAGAUUGCGGAACGUCGUAUCAUCGACCUGGCUGCGAUAGCGGAGGAGAUGUCCCCGUCACCGACGCCUGAGCCCCAGCCUGAAUUACCCACCUCCACGAAACGCAGGUCUGACAUACUCGAACAGCGGCGUGUGGAUCUUACAACUCUUGCUACUGCUUUCUCCCGAACUCCCACCCCGGAUCCACUGCCAGAAUCCUCGCUUCCUCAUACCCACCCUGUGCUUGACAUUAACGCAUCUGCUGCCACGGGUUCUCUGAGACCAUUGCCUGCAGAGCGCCCCCCGUCGGCCUCUUUCCACGAGACGCUAGCUGGUCGCUCUUUGGACCAUCAGCGUGCAUCCGCCCUUGCGAUCCCAGCAUCCCCGCGAUCUUCCACGUAUCCAGAAUCCCUUUCUACAAUGCCGCCCGCAUCCGGUCUGCAGGCACUCGCAAUAGCUGCUACAUUCGCUCGAUUAUCGUCUUUGCCUCGUUCGGAGGAUUGGUAUUUCACUAGCGACCACCAGACUACUCCGUCUGAGCGUAGAUCCUCGUCGCCCAUCGCACUGGCCCCGGUAUCGCACACGCGGAACGAGAGGUAUCAAGCUGGUCGGUCGCCGGAUCCUGGCGCUGGCCUUGCUCUUCGUCAAGGAGCACGAUUUGAUUUCCAGCCCUCUCGUGCUACGAGUCCCGUGACGAAGGACGUCGUAUACACCUUCAAUACAUUCGCCGGGUAUCCCGACAGCUGCAAGGUUGUCGAGACAAUCAAGUUUGCCGGCGAGAUCGUGUCAAGGGCGGAAUUGGCCCUCAAGGUAAGGAAGUCAGUCGACAAGGCUGUCAGACUAUGUCGUGGGGUUUACACGGUGCUGGUUACAAAUCCGGCCACGGAGCCACUUACAAACUCCAGGCCGAUGGACGACGCUGAACCGUUCAACGGUUCCAUACCGUUCACCGGCCUUGACGCCCUAGUCGCAGGUGGGCCCAAACCGUUGGCAGUCGGCUGUCGAAAAUGCGCUAUCGCCUUUGCUAUCAUGGCCUCGGUGAAUAAUUGCACGCAAGGCAUUGUGUUCCAGCAGAACACAAACAGCAUAAUGAGGCAACCUGGGUUUCAACCUCAAGCCCCCAUCGUCUUUGCGUGCGGCAAGGAUAAGACCCCUGUUCAGCUUUUCGGAACGAGAACGCCUGAAGUCGGCGACCUGCUCCGUGCGACAGAACCGCUCCGCCACAACAGGGAUGGUCCCAGUAUACGCAUCUCCGUCCAUCUCCUCGGCUACUCCGAGUACGGGUUUGUGUUUAAGGACAUACCAAUCGAAGGCCUCACGCGACUCGACCUUGCGUCGGUGGUACAGGACGUCACACGCAGGGUAAUACAACAACGUGGUUAUUGUCGCGCGGAUGCAGUCACCAUUCCCGCCCGCCGAGAAGAGCUUCGCUGGGGCGCGGAGGCGGUCAUUGCUCCCGCCGAGGAGAGCCUCGACGGGGUUGGUGACCACCUUUGCGACAUGUUCUUUACGCAUCAGUUCAGCCAUCAGGCUGCUGGAGAGCUGACAACACCAGGUCCAUUUCACUCAGCCACCUCGUUGGGUAAUGCUCCGAGGAGCGUGUCGUAA